ACAGCGCUGGAAGGCUGGACUCGGCAGACACGUGACUGCAGUUCAAACCUGGCGGCGGCGGGAGAUGAGGAGACAGGAGAGCUGCCAGGUGUAUUACCCGCCAUACUUCAGACUGGCAACUGACCGGCCGACACCACAGCUCCUUCGGAACCUGCAACUCACCGCCGCGCACUACUCAUGGGGAACGAGGAGAGCUUGCCCGGACCAAGACAUCACACCUGUGAUAAGGGUUGGGGUUCCCAUCGGCAAACUCCUAAAGGGACAAGCAGAAUAACUCAGGCUUGUCGUAUCUAUGAUCAUGAAAAUCGUGCUCCGGUCCUUGAUAUCCAUCCAGAGUUGACAGUGCCAUAUUUUCGACUACGAUACCCACUUCAAACACCUAAUGCCACCUUACCAGACAUAAACGAUACAAGCCAUCACAGUCGUCCAGUGGCCAAUAGACCAUGCUACACGUUUCUCCACUGUGGUCAGGACAGAAGACUUGUCCUCUCCAGAACUGAGUCUCCACGGUUUCAUUGCCAAACUAAGGGCAAGAAUAUCCGACUUGAUACUCAUGGAAGAAAAGCCAUCCGUCGUAAUAGCUUUUGUAAUGGAAUUACCUUUACUAGUCGCCCCAUUCACCUGUAUGAGAAGGUCCGUCUGAAGCUUGUGUCCGUCCACCAUGGUUGGAGCGGAGCUCUACGUUUUGGAUUCACAAUUCACGAUCCGGCGCAAAUGAAGACUGAAGACAUACCCAAGUAUGCAUGCCCUGAUCUGGUUACCCGACCUGGGUACUGGGCAAAAGCUUUACCAGAGAGAUUUGCACAGAGGGACAAUAUUUUAGCAUUUUGGGUUGAUCGCCAUGGAAGAAUUUUCUACAGCAUCAAUGAUGAGGAACCCAUAUUAUUUCAUUGUGGAGUUAAAGUCUCUAGCCCUCUCUGGGCCUUGAUCGAUGUCUAUGGCAUUACCCAAGAAGUACAGAUACUAGAUAGCACAUUUGCAGAGACCAUGCCUCCAGGACGUCUGAGCAGUCCCCGACUGAGCACCUGUCUGCCCCAAAGUAGCCAUGACUCUGCAAACUUCAACAAUAAUGAACUGGAGAAUAAUCAGGUGGUGGCCAAAAUUGCCAACUUGAACUUAAGCAGGAUGCCUCCGCAAACGGACAACCAUGCCAUCCCUUGUUGUCAAAACAGGCAGCAGCGUUCACAGGCCAUGCCCACCAUAUUGGACACUGAGCUUCAUUUUCAUCUGACCCGCGGUGCUGACAUCACCCUGUCUCCAGACCGAACAGUGGCAUAUACUAACUGGCAGGAAAGCAACAGGACGAUAGUGUUUACUGAGCGGCCAGUGCACAAUGGCGAGACCCUGUUCGUGGAGACGGGUCAGCUGCCACUGCCUUAUUAUGGCUCGUUAUCAUUUGGCAUCACCUCCUGCGAUCCAAGCACAUUACGGACAUACGAUCUGCCAUCUAACCCAGAGUACCUAUUGGACAGAAAGGAGUACUGGGUCGUACAUCAAGGCUUGUUCACAAUGGGCAAUGGGGAUAUCCAUAGCUUUUCAUUUACGCCCAUCGGGGAGGUCCACCAUGGCAUCAACGGAAACAGUCGUGGCAUGCUCAUGUGUGUGGACUCCUCACAGCCCCUUUGGGUAUUCUUUUCCAUCCAUGGGAUUGUCAAUCAGCUGAGAAUUAUGGGCACUGUACAGUCCAAUGUUCUCUCCCCAUCCGGUUCUCCUAGCGGCUCCCAGUAUGACAGUGACUCAGAUAUGGCCUUCAGCGUGAACCGUUCCUCUUCAGCCUCAGAGUCGUCUUUGGUGACGGCUCCUAGUUCCCCGCUAAGUCCUCCUGUGUCGCCUGUGUUUGCACCAGAACCUCAAGGAAGCAAAGAUGGGGAAUGCGCCGUUUGCUUCGACAAUGAAGUUGAAACCGUCAUUUACACCUGCGGCCACAUGUGUCUGUGUAGUAGUUGUGGAAUGAAGCUGAAGAGACAGGUCAAUGCCUGUUGCCCCAUCUGCCGAAGGGUGAUAAAAGAUGUCAUCAAAACAUACCGUCCUUAAAUGAGUGUGACCUUUUUACAGGGAUGUUUGGUGUGUGGACUUAUUUGAAUAUAGAGUGAAAUCAGGGAUUAUCCCUUAAAGGAAUCCAUGCUUUAUGUGUUGGCGCCGAGGUUAAACAUAUGAGGGUGGUGUAGCACAAUAUGUGCCAGUGUCCUUACAUGGCCAGCUGAUAAAGGGAUACCUCCAGCACAAGGUUGUAAAACAAUUGUUCAGGGUGCACUUACUGAGCCAUCCAGCUCACCGACAUCAUUGGCUGGAGAGGUGCCUUUACUCAGGAGUGUCCACUACACUAGAAUAUCACCGCCCAGGGCCCAUUUUCCGCGAAUAAUUGUUUAUCAGUGCAAAUAGUAGUAGUGCCUUUCAGUGUCCUUAAUCAGUCAUUUGAAGGCAGAUUUCCAUCAGGACAUACUACAGGGCUGAUGUAUGAAAACUGGAGUUUUUGCCCAUAGCAGCCAAUCACAUUCACUACUGUGGUCAAAGUCAAACGUAAAUCCUCGGUAGUUGCUUAUUUUUGGCAACUAUCUCUUUUUGCCUCCAGUUCCACAAGAAAACCCCAUACUUCAGCAAUGUUUUUCCCCAGUGCAUUGAUACUGGGGCACAGAUCUUAUCAAGGGGGCUACCCUAUGUUACAGUGGUACAAAAGAGUUCACAGAGCUCAACACAGCCAUAGGAUUACUUUCUUACAAUAAUAUGAAAACCUAUUGUUUUUACCACCCAGCAAUAUAACCUGUUCUCCUUUAUCACUAUUAGUGAGGUGUAACAGAUGUAUGGGCAGAGCAACAAGGAAAUGUACAGCUGUUGUAACCGUUGCAUCACACAGAAACACGUAAUAGUACGAGUGCCCCCAGAUCAAUGUGAAACAUUCAUCAUCUCUAUUUUUGCAAGGGAAUGUGUUACCAUGUAAUAACAAUAUAUUGGCUUUUGUGAAAUGUCUGAUGUGCCUUAAAUGGUAAUUUGAAAGAUUCA